AUGAAAGGGGUGGAGGAGGGAAUCCGCGAGGGCAUCGCAGACCUCUUCUGGGGAAACGUGAGCAAAAACGGAGGCUCCGAGACCUGGGAGUGGAUCAAAGCCGAGCCCACCUGCACGCCCCCAAAGGAUGAUAUCCUUGCAGUGGGGACGACGCCUCUGAACUACACCCAGUGGUGCAAGCGCACGGUGAAGGACCCAAAGUCUUUGGGAAGUAUACUCCAAGAGCAUAGUCUAAUCUAA